AUGCAAGAAGACAAAAAGUAAAAUUUAUAUAGAGACGGCCUCUUCAAAAUCGUGAUUAUUGGUGACUCAGGGGUCGGAAAGUCUUGCUUGUUAGCCAGAUACACAUAUGAGCAGUUUGACGAAGCUCACAUUGUUACAAUAGGAGUAGAUUUUCAAAUUCGGACUUUAAACGUGGAUGGUAAAAAUAUUAUGCUUCAAAUAGUAAUUUUUAUUCAGUGAGAUACAGCUGGCCAAGAGAGAUUUCGAACGAUCAUCACAGGGUAUUACCGAAAUGCUGAUGGGGUAAUUUUUGUUUUUGACAAAACUAAUAGAGAAAGUUUUAACCAUAUAGACGACUGGGUAAAAGAAGUAGACAAAUUUUCAGGGACUUGCAUGGCAAGAAUUUUGGUAGGGAGUAAGUCUGAUAUGCCUGGAGGUGUUAGUAAAGAAGAAGCAGAAGAAAAAGCAAACAAAUUCGGAUUUAAAUAUGUUGAAUCAAGUGCUAAAAAAAACUACCAAGUAGAUUUGAUUUUUGAAUCAAUUGCAAAAUCACUUAUACAAAUCCAGGAUAAACCCAAAAGAGAGUCGACAAGGCUUAGCAAAGCUCCCGCAAAGAAAAAAAAGAAAUGCUGCUAACUCGUCCCCUUCGCAAGCGACCAAAAUUCGUCACAGAGGGGGUUAUAAAUUUUAAAAAAAUAUAUAUUUUUUGAAAUCUGCAAAAAUCCCAAUAUGCAAAAAUGGGAAGCGAAAAUUAAUUUAUAUUUUAAAAUGCAAGUUGUUAAAAAUUCAGCUGAAUCAACUAGAGAUUUCAUUAUACUAAUUAUCAUUUAUCAAAAUAUUUUUUUUUUCAUAAAAAAUUUGUUUUAUCCGCUCACAGAGGCGUUUUUUAUUUUAACAGAAUAGGAUUUUUCCAAUGGUUUUGUUUGCUAUGGAGAGGGAGUAA